AUGUGGCUCAACUCCCCGCUGGUCCUGCUGGCGCUCGCGGGCACGACCAGUGCUGCGAUCGCCGCCACGUGCGACUGGGCCACCGUCGAGGUCGCUGCAUCUCUCUUCGGCGACGAGGUCGCCCCUUACGCCACCCUCGUCCAGUGGUGCUCCUGGUUCCUAUGGUUCACCCUCAAUCGAGCUUUCUCCAACUGCCUUGAGGCCGCCCUCACCAUGGCCGCCGUGCUCCUCCUCGUGCCCGCUCGCGGCCGCAAAGCCCAUGACCGCCUACCCCCUGCCCUCGGGUUCGUCCUCGCCGGGCUGAGCUUCGCGGUGCGCCCCUCCGGCCUCCCAAUGUGGCUUGCGCUGGGCCUGCUCCUCCUCGUCGAGCACGGCCCGCUCGUAGCCCUGCCCGCGGCCGCAGCUGGCGGCGGCGCCCUUGCGGCCACGUGGGGCGUCGACUACGUGUUCUACGGCCGGUUCGUCAUCCCACAAUGGUCCUUCGUCAAGUUCAACCUGCUGGAUGGAAUGUCGGGGUUCGCGAACGCAGUCAGCCCGAGCUUCCACUGGUACUUCACUCAGGGCCUGCCCGCGAUGAUGGCGACGUACCUGCCGCUUUUGGCCGUCGGCGCAGUCGCAACGCUUGGCCUGGCGUGGACGCCGCGCCACGCAUUGCCAGCCUUCGCGGUUGCCGCCGCGCAGGCGGGCAUGCGUGACCGCAGCGGUCCCGGCGCGGGCAGCACGCGAUCUGCCGCUGUGUGGCUGGUGGCGCCCGCGGCGGCGGCGCUCGCGGGGCUCUCGCUGGCGGCCCAGAAGGAGUUCCGGUCUGCGCUGCCAGCGAUGCAGCUCCUGAUGCCGUUGGUCGCAGUCGGGCUCAUGGGCCUGAGCCGCACCCAGAAGGAGGUACACGGUGCACGCGUUGCCGCGGCGCUGCUGGCCCUGCAGAUGCCGCUGGCAUUGUUCUUCUCGCAGUUCCACCUCCGGGGGGGUCCGGCAGUGGCAAGCUACAUCGCGGCCCGCGCCCGCGACGGCACGAUCGAUAGCGUGCACUUCCUCAUGCCGUGUCACGCCACGCCCUUCUACAGUCACGUGCACCACCAGCUGCCCAUGAUGUUCCUGGACUGCUCGCCGCCGGGCUUCAGGCCGCCGGUCACGCACAAGUGCAUCCAGAUGGCGCCGGCGAAGAUGACGCCCGUGACGGUACUGCGCGUGGGCUCCCGUUUGCAGUGGAAGCCGGCGGCCGACCCGCCAAGGCUUCAUGACGAAGUCCUGGCGCACCCGCAGUGGUGGCUCCGCGGCCUCAAGGUCUUCAAGGGUCUGCCGUCGCACAUCGUGAUGUACGACACGACGGAGGCGCAGGUCGGCGAGGGCGUCCUGCACGAGCUUGGAAUGCAGCGAUGUGCGUCGUUCUUCCACGCCGUGCUGCCCACGGACCACGGCCCUACGAAGCGGAUCAACGUGUGGGGCACGCGCUGCGAGCCGGAAGCUGCAGCGCCGUCGCGGAUGGAGACCGUCGACGCGUACAACAUGGUGCAGGACGCAUUGCAGGCGCAGGGGGACUCGACGCGUGCGCAGGAGUCGAACGACGCGCCGUCAGCGGCGGCGGAGGGCGAAGGGGGCGCGGGGCAACAGGCUGGCGAGUUGUAG